GAUCACACUCCCAACCUCUCACCUUCCUCCUACAAUGGUUUCCCUUCAUCUUUCACCACUGAAGCUUCUUCCAACCUCUUUCCAUCCUCUUACAACUCCUCCCAUCACAAUACCUUCUCUUCGUAAAACCCCAAAGACCUAUCUCCUCCAUGUGUUUGCAACGGCACCACAGCCCGCUGGCGAUCAGCGCAAGGAAGAGAAGCUCUCGAUCAUGAUCGAAGAGAAGGUGACUGAAGCCCACAAGAUUUGUGAAGAGAAUUCACUUUCAGAGGAAUGCGUUGUGGCGUGGGAUGAGGUGGAAGAGGUUAGCCAAGCAAAAGCUCACCUUAGGCAAAGAUCUGCCAUCGAUCCUCUCGAGGCUUAUUGUAGGGACCACCCGAAAGCGCCUGAGUGUAGAAUAUAUGAAGAUUAAUGAGAUAUGUUAUUUCUUUCAUUAAGUCGUGAUCUUAUAAA